AUGGUUUUCGUCGGUAUUCCACAGAACUACACUGCUUCGCCAUCCUCUUUCACCGGGACCCCGUCUCUGACAAUCAAUUAUGAGGCCACCCAGGAUCUUGACUCGACAAAUGCGUUCGAGGGUCCAGAGAAGCUGCUCGAGGUUUGGUUUGCGCCAUCUGCAACCGAACUAGGUGCUGCCGGUCCCGAGGGUCUCAAAAAGGUCCCCGGUGAAAUCUGGAAGGACAUGUUGGAUCUUGUCAACUGCCAGGUGCUCUCUGUCAUCUCCUCUGAGGAGAUGGAUGCGUACCUGCUCUCUGAGUCCAGCAUGUUUGUCUGGCCGCACAAGUUGAUCCUGAAGACAUGUGGCACCACCACAUUGUUGUCCGGUCUCCCUCGUAUCUUGGAGAUCGCUGCCUUGUUCGCCGGGUUCCCUCGGGCCACUGCCCCUGCAUCUCGGGGCAUCACUGUGGCAGCAGCUCCGUACAGAGUCUUCUACAGCCGAAAGAACUUUUUGUUCCCCGAUCGUCAGCGCGGCCCUCACCGCAGCUGGCGUGACGAAGUUCGCUCCAUGGACAAAUUGUUUGUCAAUGGCAGUGCCUACAUGAUUGGCAAGAUGAACGGAGAGCACUGGUACCUAUACCUCACUGAGCCAGGUACCAUGCUUACUCCGCCCGCGAGCCCCAAGGAGGAAGUCACCUUCCAAGAGACCCAAACUAAGGUUCUGAACUUCCCCGAUGCCGCCCCGCGCACUGAUUGCAAUGAGCAUGAUGAGACUCUCGAGGUUCUGAUGACCGAUCUUGACGAGGAGAACGCCAAGCAGUUCUACCUGGAUAACGCUACCGCUGUGGCCGAAAAGCGCCACCGUGAAAAGGAAGGAGCCGACGAUCAUGUGGACGUCUUCAGCAACACUUCCGACAUGGAUGAGGAGACUGGUGGCAUUCUGCCGCCCGAGCUCACCACCGAGGGCCACGCCUUGGGCACUGUGGUUUCCGAGUCGUGCGGCUUGUCCGACGUCUACUCCAAGAGCAAGUUCCCUGAUGCUCGCAUUGACGCAUACCUCUUCACGCCAUGCGGCUUCUCCGCCAACGGUGUCGUGCCAGCUCCCGACAACGGUCCAACUCAUUACUUCACCGUGCACGUCACCCCGGAGCCUCAGUGUUCUUACGCGUCCUUUGAGACCAACGUCCCGCACAGCCAGAACGGCAAGGCCACUGCAGACAUCAUCAAGCAGGUCAUUGAGAUCUUCAAGCCCGGCCGAUUCAGCAUCACUUUGUUCGAAACCAAGCCGGCUCUUGAUGAGGUCGACGAGGCCAAUGGCGCCCACGACCCAGCGCACGCUCAGCGCCAGGCUGCUCGUCGCAGCAACAAGAUGGAACAUGUCGAAGGCUACCGCCGUGUCGACCGCAUCGUCCAUGAUCUGAACGGUUAUGAUCUUGUGUUCCGUUACUACGAGCGCAAUGAUUGGAAAGGGGGGGCACCUCGACUUGGAGAGAAGGGAUUCUAG